AACUUGUUAAUCUUUUCCAUAAUUCCUGGAAAGGAUGGAAGAUCCUCAUCCGAUAUGCAAGAAGAUACCAGACCUCGUCGCCUCCUUCGUUGACACAUUCGUCGAUUUCUCUGUUAGUGGCAUCUUCUUGCCCCCUUCUAACCCGAAUUCCAAUUCUUAUGCUGGCUCUCCCUCUGAUCCUCUGCCUGCAUCUUCAACGUUGCGGACCCAUUACCCAGCCCCGGACCGUCUGAUCGCUAUCGGUGAUCUUCACGGCGAUUUGGAGAAGUCCAAACAGGCAUUUCGCCUGGCCGGAUUGAUUGACAGGUCCGAUCGAUGGACCGGUGGAUCAGCAGGAGUGGUCCAGGUCGGCGACGUGUUCGAUCGUGGCGGCGAGGAGCUCAAGAUCCUUUAUUUCCUCGAGAAAUUGAAGCGGGAGGCUGAGAGGAAUGGUGGGUAUUUGAUAACCCUGAACGGGAACCAUGAGAUCAUGAAUGUGGAGGGUGACUUUAGGUAUGUGACGAAGGAGGGGGUCGAGGAAUUUAGGGAUUGGGGGUUUUGGUUUCUUGCGGGAAACAAAAUUAAGGGUUUAUGCAAUGGUUUGGAGAAGCAGAAGGAUGUAUUUCGAGGGAUUCCUUCGGUUAUCCGCAAUGUAAAAGAAGAAGAGUAUUGGCCUGGUUUCCGGGCAAGGAGUGCUGCACUGAGGCCAGAUGGGCCUAUUGCGAGGCGGUUUUUGUCGAAGAAUUUGACUGUUGUAGUUGUUGGGGAUUCUGUUUUCGUACAUGGAGGGCUCUUGGAUGGUCAUGUCAAAUACGGAUUGGAGAAGAUCAAUGAGGAGGUGAGGAAUUGGCUAAAUGGGUUGAUGGGGAAAUCGGCACCGAAAUAUUGCAAAGGGUGGGAUGCAGUGGUUUGGUUGCGGAAGUUCUCUGAUGACUCUGCGAGAAGAUGUGAUUGUAUUGCACUUGAAGAAGUUCUGGCUACCAUCCCUGGUGCUAAGAGGAUGAUCAUGGGUCACACCAUUCAGGAGUUCGGGAUCAGUCAUGCUUGUAGUAAUAGGGCAAUUAGAAUUGAUGUUGGUAUGUCAAAGGGGUGCAUCAAUGGCCUGCCUGAAGUUUUGGAGAUUAAUGGGACCUCUGAGCCGCGAGUGCUAAGCUCCAAUCCUUUGUAUCAGAACAACUAUAAACCAUAUUGGGAUGCUGAUAGGAAGGAAGGAUUGGGGUUGUUGCUUCCAGAACAUGGACCAAAGCCAGUGGAAGUGAAGGCUUAAGGAGUUGGGUAUUUUAACCUUAAACUGCUAAUUUGCUGAACAUCUAUGAUAUCUCACAGAAAAGAUGACUGGGCAAUUUGGCUCUAUGUUCAGUGCAUUUGGCCCCUGGCCUUGCAUUGACCUAAGCCUUGUGCACUGGGAAUUUGUUUUUGGAUAGACAUUGUUUGUUAGACUAGCAUUUAUAAAACAUUGUUCAUCAGCAAUCCUAAUGAUAUAAAAUUGCUGAAUGCAAAGACUGCUAGUAAAUUGUGACUGCUGAUGUUUCAAUUUCUUUUUAUAUUGUUUGUGCUAA